AUGAUAACUGAAGAAUAUGAAGAUAGCAUUCAAGUAACCUCGAGUUGCUGGUUAAGCAAAUAUAAAGGCAGUAAUAAUAGCAUAAAGAAUAAGAACAUAAAUAAGCCUAGUAAUUUGGUUGUCCCUAAUUUUAAUGUUUGCUUGAAAUCGGUGGCUUUACCAAUAAUAAAAUCAAAAAAUGAUUUGGAAUGUAUAAAUGAAAAUAAACAAUUAAAUAGAUUAAGAAGAGAACGAAAAAAAAAAAAGAUCGAAGAUACAAAUAUAAUAAAUGAUGAUGAAGUUUGUUCUAUUUUGUUAAGAAGUAAAGCACUUAAUGAAACAUGGAAUAAUAUGAAUAAAUAUUUGAACUGUUAUAUAUAUAAUUAUGUAAAUAAUAUAAUAGAUAAGGAAAUAAUUUUUUUGAACAAACAUUUAUGUCUAAAAAAUGACAAGGUAUCUUUAUUAAUUAUAAAAACACAAACGUGCCCAUUUGUAAAUUUAAUGCAAUAUAGAAUAUUAGUAGAGCAUUUGAAAAAAAUCAACAGCCCUGAAGAAGACAAAGAAAAAGAUGAUACAAUAAAUAUGGGGAAUGACCAUACAAAACUUGAUAAAGAAGAUAACAUGAGUGACGAUAGUAACAAUGAAAGUAGCUAUCCUUGUAGUACCAAUGAUAAACUGCUAGCACCAGUUUAUACAAUUUUAACUAAAAAAAAAAAUGUUAUGGCAUGCAUAAUAAAUGUAUAUCAUAAUGAUACAGUGGAAAAUAUAAUUAUUCGGAUUGUAAAAAGAAUAAAUAGUAGUAUUAAUAAUAAGCGCAUACAAAUAGACAAAAGUAAUGUUGAUGAAUUAUUUCAUAAAGUAAUUAAAAGACAUCAAAAAAAUGGUGUUUUAGUUAUAUUUAUUAAGAAUUAUUUAAAAUUAAAAUCAUCUAUAUUUAGCGCAUUUUUAUUGUAUUUAACUCAUUUAAAAGAACUUAAUAAUAUAAAUAUAAGUGUUAUUAUAACAAAUUGUUGUAUCUUAUCAGGUUUAAGUAAUUUAGAUAAUAUUAUAACAAAACAUUUGCAUGUUAAUAUUUACAAUAUGUAUAUAAAUUAUUAUAGUUUAAUGGAAAAUAUAAUGUUCAAUCCAAUUUUUAAUAAUAUACUUUUUAAAUUAAAAGAGUAUAACACAUUAAUUGAUUAUAUAUUUUUUUGUAAUCAUAGUAUUAGUUUUUUAAAAUUAAAAUAUAUUAUUUAUAUGUAUAUACGAGAUUUUUUUGAUAAAAAACUCUUAUCUUUUUUAAACAUACCAUUGGAAUAUUUUAAUGAAAAAGAUAUUGAUGAAGAAAAUAAUGAAGAGUGUGCCACUAAAAGGAAUAGCGAGCGAUGUAACACCAAAAAUGAAAAACGGUUGGAAUACAGCAAAAAGACAUUUUCUACUUAUAAAAGUGAACUGAUUAAAUCUUUAAGUUGUAUUGAUGUAGCUAAUAUACAUAAAAAAUAUGCGCUUUUAUUACAUGCAAGUAAUUUUUAUAAAAUUCAUAUUAACUACUUUAAAAAUGUGGGGAAAUCAAACAUGCUCUAUAUUAUUGAUAUGGAAGAGAAAAAAAAAAUCACGGAGCAAGCAACAGUGAUCAUGCUGAAUAAUAAAUUAGUUCCCAUAUCAAAACAGUUUCAUGGAAAAAACAAUGCAACCAAAGAAAAUAACGCAGUGGGGAAAUAUAAUAUGAACAUUCAGAAUAACUUAGAAAAUGAACAGAAUGAAAAAAAUUCAUCAGAUGAACAUAAUAAUAUUAAAAAGUGUAAUAAUAAACGAAUAGAAAGAAAUGGAAAAUUAGAAUAUGAAGAUGAUACUAAUUUGGUAAAUGGUCAAAUGAAUAAAAAAGCAAAGGUUAAACAUGAAUCUUUUCAUAUGUGUAUAGAAAAUUUUAGUUUUAUAUAUCAUGAAAAAGAAAGUAACGAAGCAAAAAAUAUGAAAAAUGUUAUUGCUCAAAAAUUUGAAGGUAAAGAAAUUAAUAAAAUAAAUAGACACAAUAACAGUGGUAUUAUGAAUGAAACAAGCAAUUUAGAUAAUAACGAAAUAUUUUUUUUACACAAUGAAAAUGAAUUAAAUAAAGGAAAAGAAAUAGCAUACUCAUUUUUAUUAAACAGAGAUCUUAUUAAACACAAAUUAAAAAAUAAUGGGAAUUUUCCAAGUUACUAUUAUCAAAAUUAUGGUAUGCAUAAUUUAUCUGAAAAUUUAUCACCAAUCAAUAGAAUACAAAAUAACGAUUUUAUGAACAGUUGUGAUUAUAUAAAACAGUAUGUUAUAAAUAAUUUAUUUAGUCACAUGAAAUCAGAGCAUAAUAUCGAUGGAUUUCAAAUGCUACAAAAAGAAUGGGAAAACAAUGAAUAUUUAAAAAUAUAUAAAUAUGAAGAGAAUCUUGUUUCAAAAGCAAAGGCAUGUAAUACUGUUGCUAAUGAUAGAACCAGUAAAAAUAAAACAAAUAAAAAUAUUAAGAAGAGUAAUGAUGAGGGGAAAAAUAUUUCCACUAAUGAAGAUAUGAAAAAAAUGGAACUAUUAUAUUUACAUAAAUGUCUAGUUAAAUCGAUCUGUAUAAGAAUGAUUGAUCUUGUUUAUAAAAAAAACAAAUAUAAUAUAUGUUUAUCUAUAAUUAAUAUUAUUUUAAAGAAUGUUCCAAUAUAUGCAUCAUUAAGAAAAAGAGUAAAAUGUAUAAAAGAGUUAUUUAAAAAAUAUGAAAAAAGAUAUAUUAUACAAAAUUUGGAAGAUUUAAAAGCCGCAAGUGAUGAAAUAGACAAAGAAAUAAAACAAAUCUUAAACACAAUUUGUGAUUUAUUUAUAAAUCUUUAUGUAACUAAAAAAAAUAUACUAAAAAAAAUUCUAAAUGAUAUUAACGCCUUUUUAAAAGAUGCUUCUUAUGUUUUUAAGUUGGAGGAAUAUAUAGACAGCUAUAAAGAAAAUAAAACAAAUUCAUCAUCCUCUUUAAGCAUGGAAUUUUUUUUGAACAAAAUAAAUUUCUUAAUUAUUUUUUUAAAUGCAUCAAUUGUUGUAAAAAAAAAAAAUGAAUACAACAAGCGUUUUUCAGGUUAUGAAAACAGCAACAAUAUGUUUCCCCCCAAUGGAACUGAUUAUAACAAUCAGAGUGAAUUGAAUAGAACCCCCAAAAAAGAAAUAUUCGAAGAAAUAAUGAAUAACCAUAUAAGUUGGCAUCAAACUAGUGUUGGCGGUACGAAUAAAAAAAUACCAUAUACAGAUUUAACUCCAAUUAAUAUAAAUAUGGAUUAUGAAAAAAAAGAUCCAAAUAAUAAUAUAUCCAAAAAUAAUGGCAAUAAUUUUGAUGAUAUUAUGGAUAAUAAUGAAAAAAUGAGUAUAGUAAUAGAAAGCUAUUUGAGUAAUAUGAAUAAUGAAGAUAUAGAUACAACAUGUAUUGAAUUCAUUUUGGUGUUUUUCUGUGAAUAUUUAUACUUUCUUUUAAUACCAUGUGUAUAUUUACUUCCACUGGUAAAUCUAUGUAUAACACAUGAGCAUCCAAUGGAAUUUUAUGAUCUAUUUAAACCUAAUUUGCAAAUGAAAUUAUUAAAUGUCCUUUAUUAUAAUAAACUAGAAUUAAAGGAUAUAAACUCAGUUAAUUUUGAUUUUUCUUUGAAUUAUAAACCAGUUGAGUCAGUAAAAAAUUUGAGAAACUUCAAUGAAGAAAUGAGCAAGCAAUUCCCUAUAUUAGAGAAAGUCCGAAGAAGAAGAAAUAAUUUGGAAGUCCAAGACGAUAAACUGAUUUCUAAAGAAAAUCAGGAAAAUCAUAAACUAGACAAUAUAAAUGAUGAAAUAAAAUAUUUUUCUUUUGAGCAUAUUGGAAAAAUUUGUGAAAUUGAAGACCUUGUGAUUAUAUUUAAAAUAAUUCAAGGAAUGAAUAUGAAAUAUAUGAACAUUUUUAAUAUGUUUAUUGAAUACAUUAAUGUAAAGCUAUAUAUAGAUAGACAUGAGAAUGGAGAAAAAAAUAUUAGUACUAUAAGUAGUAAUACUCGUUCCGGGAUAAAUAAAAAUAAUAAUAAAAAUACAUUAUCCUCAUAUUGUUAUAGUAAAACAUUUCAAGAAUUAUUUUAUAAUUUUAUGAUAGGAAUUAUGUCUCUUUUUUAUUUUUUGAAAAUAAUUCAUGUCCCAUCAAUUUUUUUACGAGGAGACAAUGAAACAAAUUUCGAUUCAACACCGUUCAAUAGUUAUGAUAAUAAAAAUGAUCAAAAUAUAUAUGAUAGUCAUAAUAAUCAAUAUAGUACCAAGAAUGAAUUUGCACAAAAAGAUCAUAUAUCUAAUAAUACACAAUUUAAUGAACAAGAUCAGCAAGAAAUUGGAGACGAUCAAAAUAUAUUACCAAAUGAUAAAAGAGGACAAUUUUCAGCUUUAAUUGAAACAGACAAUGAUGCAGAUUAUAGAUAUAAAAAUUAUGUUUUCAAUAUGUUGAGUAGCAUUAAUUUGAGAAAACUUGUCUAUGGGCAAAGCUACUAUAUUAAUUGA